GCUCGCUCGCUGGCCGGCCGGGGCCCGCCCCUCCGCCAUGGCGGCCGAGAGCGGCCGGCAGUUCUGGAAGCGGAGCGCCAAGCUGCCCGGCAGCAUUCAGCCUGUGUAUGGAGCUCAGCAUCCCCCACUGGAUCCCCGGCUCACCAAAAAUUUCAUCAAGGACCGCUCCAAGGCUAAUGCAUUGCCUAUGAAAAGCAAGAAGGCCUCCAGCUUUCAUGAGUUUGCCCGAAACACCAGUGAUGCCUGGGACAUCGGUGAUGAUGAAGACGAGGACUUCUCUUCUUCCUUUUCCCAAACUCUGAACUCUAAAGUGGCCAAGGCCACAGCAGCCCAGGUACUGGAGAACCACAGUAAGCUGCGGACGAAACCUGAGCGGGCCCAGUCUGCUCUCAGUGAUGUGCCCACCAACUGCAAGGUCAUCAAGUCCAGCAGUGAGGCCCAGCUCUCCAGGACAUCUGAGGAUGCCUGUGUGCGGACCCCCCUUCCAAAGCAACAGUCCCUCCCCCUUCGGCCUGUCAUUCCGCUCGUCGCCCGGAUCUCUGACCAAAAUGCUUCAGGUGCCCCCCCAAUGACAGUGAGAGAGAAAACGCGCCUGGAGAAGUUUCGGCAGCUUCUUUCUAGCCACAACACGGACUUGGAUGAGCUGAGGAAAUGCAGCUGGCCUGGUGUGCCCAGAGAGGUCCGACCUGUGACGUGGCGUCUCCUGUCAGGUUAUCUCCCCGCAAACAUGGAGCGACGAAAGCUAACUUUGCAGCGCAAGCGAGAGGAAUACUUUGGUUUCAUCCAGCAGUAUUAUGAUUCCCGGAACGAGGAACACCAUCAGGAUACCUACCGGCAGAUCCACAUUGACAUUCCAAGGACCAACCCGCUCAUUCCCCUUUUCCAGCAGCCGCUUGUCCAAGAGAUCUUUGAAAGAAUCCUGUUUAUCUGGGCCAUUCGACACCCUGCCAGCGGCUAUGUACAGGGAAUCAAUGACCUGGUCACUCCAUUCUUUGUUGUGUUCCUCUCGGAAUAUGUUGAAGAGGAUGUGGAAAACUUUGACGUAACGAACCUGUCGCAGGACGUUUUACGGAGCAUCGAAGCCGAUAGUUUCUGGUGCAUGAGCAAGCUGCUGGAUGGGAUACAGGAUAACUACACCUUCGCACAGCCAGGAAUCCAGAAGAAAGUUAAAGCCCUGGAGGAGCUAGUCAGCCGGAUUGAUGAGCAGGUACAUAAUCACUUUCGGAAGUACGAGGUCGAAUACCUGCAGUUUGCCUUUCGCUGGAUGAACAAUCUUCUUAUGAGAGAAUUGCCUCUUCGCUGCACCAUCCGCCUCUGGGACACCUACCAGUCGGAGCCAGAAGGGUUCUCUCAUUUCCACCUGUAUGUCUGCGCCGCCUUCUUGAUCAAGUGGCGGAAGGAGAUCCUAGAUGAGGAAGACUUCCAAGGCCUUCUAAUGUUGUUACAAAAUCUACCAACGAUACACUGGGGCAACGAAGAGAUUGGACUCCUGCUUGCCGAAGCCUACAGGCUCAAGUACAUGUUUGCAGAUGCCCCCAAUCAUUACCGCCGAUAGGUGCCGGGACUUGACUUCCUCCUCUUCCCCUCUGCCCUGCGCCCACCCUCGUCCUGGCCCGAUCUAAUCACUGUGGCAUUUUGUCGUCCAAGUCCUCAGACACUCCGGCCGGGAGCUGCUCCUCGCUGUACAAAGCUCACAUUGACUGUCGUCUUAAAUCCUACGUGUGCCUGUCUGCCACUCCACGCGCCUGGAUGUGCCACUCCAACGACCGUCAGUAUUUCAUGCUGUGCCAGUGGCCUGAGCCAGAGAGAGAGGCUUGAACGGGGCUGGGGGGGGACAUGGAGCAGCUUUACAGAGAAACUGAGCCAAGGACAAACCCUCCCCCUGCCCUGUCCUUGUCCGGGUGAGAUUGCCUUGGCUUUGCUGCCCCGUGUUACCCACUGCCACACACCUGUGCACACGUGCUCAUGGAUACACGCAGGUGUGUGCUGUCCCAUCUCAUCCGCUCAUUCUUCAGACAUGGUUUGAUCCAACUCCCUGUUGAAAAUGCCUUAUCAGAGACCCGCCUGGCCGGAAACCUUCCCUCAGGGGCAGCAGGGCAAGAAGUUUCUCUCAGGGCCAAGCUUUGCUCUGAGCGUCUGAAGAGGCCAAGCACUUAGUGGGUCCGUGAGAGCUGCUCCCGCCUGCCCUCCCUCCGUCUCCCCCUUCUUCUGCCUCCCCCGGGUAGGUGGUGGGCCGUGUGUUUGGCACAGCGGGGGGACCAAGCUAUCCACACACGGUCUGAAAGACACACAUCAGCCUGACGAGACUCUGGCUGUGACCGACGUGCUGUUGGCACAGCCCCUGCCAGCGCGGGCCGAGGCGGGGGGCUGGCAGGGGAGCAGCGGCUCCCGACCCCGCGGCGAGGCCCCCGCUCCUCCGAGGCGGCGUUCUGUGUAUAUUGUGUUCUUGUGUAUAUGGGUCAAAGAUGUACGAUAUACGUCUUC